UAAAUGGCAGGCGGAUUGGAAAGAGUGUAUGGAACAGAAGAAGACAAAGUAUGAUUAACACUCCUAAUAUUAGGUGAAUUGUUCAUUUUAUAUCAAAAUUGGAGCUUGUCGUUAUGAAAACAAAUGUUAAAGAAUCCAUAGCAUCCCUCCAAUUUCUUAGACAAUUUUAUUUAAAGUAAGAAAUUGUGAUAUAAUGGUCAGCAUAUGUAUUAAAACUCUCCAAUGGAAGUGGCAAUAGCUUCAGGAAAUGCAGUGUCUUAAGCGGGUAUUGAGGAGGCAUUGGAGAAAUUCGAAAACUUUUAUGAAGACGUAUUUUUGAAAGUAAAAAGAGGAUAAUUAUGUUAAGUUAGCAGAGUUUGGUGAAAUAGAGGAUUUGAUAGUAUGCGAAAACAUUGGCGAUCAUUUAGUAGGAAAUGUGUAUGUGAAAUAUACAUCUGAAUUGUUUGCAGAGUCAUGCUUCAAUGCUCUUUAGAAUUUAUCAUAUGAAAAUAGGCCUUUGUAGAUGGAAUAUUCGCCUGUGCUAGAUUUUAGCAGUGCUAAAUGCAAAUAAUACAUUGAUGGGACAUGUUAAAGGUAUUAAAUUAGAAAUGAAUGAUUUACAGAGGUGGAGCAUGCAACUAUCUACAUCUAAAGAAGAUAUCCACAAAAUUUAAGAAGAGUUUGUUCAAUCAAAUGUAUGAAGAGCAUCCAGAAUAUAGAGAGAAAAAGGAGAAAGAAGUCAAUAUUGAGUAAGACAUUGUUGUGAUGUUUAGAAAGAGUCCCAAGAAACAUAAAAAGAAGGAGAAGAAAAGCAAAAAGAAGAAAAGUAGUAGUAGUAGAGAAUCUAGUCGUAGAAAUUCUAUUGAAAGACAAAAAAUGAUUAAUGAUUGGAAUGAAACUGGUAUCCAAAAUGUAAAUUAUACCCCAUUAUCUUAUUCAUAUAGGUUUCGUAAGCUCAAAAAAUGAUGUAUGGAAAUAAUAUGCCUGCUCCAGUUUACACUCCUAAAGUAUCGAUGAGAACAAGUCCUGAAUUAUUAUAAUUACAACUAUAAUUAGCUGCUUUGAAAGAACAAUUAGCUGCAAUUAAGAUGAGUUGA